AUUUGAAAAGAUAAAGCACCAUGGACCUAACUUAUAUUCCUGAAGACUUAUCCAGCUGUCCAACAUUUGGAAACAAAUCCUGUCCUCCCACCAACCGCCCUUUUCGCCUCCGGGUGAUAAUGUAUUCGAUGAUGACUGGAGCCAUGGUGAUCACGGUCUUCGGAAACUUGGUUAUAAUGAUUUCCAUAUCGCAUUUCAAACAACUGCACUCUCCUACGAACUUUCUGAUCCUCUCCAUGGCAACCACGGACUUUCUGCUGGGUGUGCUCAUUAUGCCCUACAGCAUGGUGCGAUCAGUGGAGAGCUGCUGGUAUUUUGGGGAUGGCUUUUGUAAAUUCCAUGCAAGCUUUGACAUGAUGCUAAGCCUGACUUCCAUUUUCCACCUCUGUUCUAUUGCUAUUGAUCGAUUCUAUGCUGUGUGUUACCCUUUGCAGUACACAACCACAAUGACCCCCUCCGUGAUAAAGAGGCUGCUGGCAUUCUGCUGGUCGGCCCCCGCGUUUUUUUCCUUCGGUUUAGUUCUAUCCGAAGCCAAUGUUUCGGGGAUGCAGAGCUAUGAGAUUCUUGUUGCUUGCUUCAAUUUCUGUGCACUCACUUUUAACAAAUUUUGGGGGACAAUAUUGUUUGCUACAUGUUUCUUUACUCCUGGCUCCAUCAUGGUUGGUAUUUAUGGCAAAAUUUUUAUCGUUUCCAAGCAACAUGCUCGAGUUACCAGCAACAGGCCCGCAAAGACGAAGGAGGAAGUGAAAAAAAAUGUGUCUAAGAAAAAGGACAGGAAAGCCGCUAAGACUCUGGGUAUAAUAAUGGGGGUGUUUCUAGCUUGCUGGUUGCCUUGUUUUCUUGCUGUUUUGAUCAACCCAUAUCUGGACUAUUCUGCCCCCAUAAUACUACUUGAUCUUUUAGUGUGGCUUGGUUAUUUCAAUUCUACUUGCAACCCCCUCAUUCAUGGUUUUUUUUAUCCAUGGUUUCGAAAAGCUCUCAAGUACAUAGUGUCAGGGAAAAUAUUUAGCUCCCAUUCAGAGACUGCAAAUCUGUUUCCUGAAACACACUAAUUACAAAGACACUAGAA